AGAGAUAAGAUAAAUGUUUAUGAAAUGCUUGAGAUGGUUUAUCAAUAAAAACAAAUGUUUUUAAAUUGAAAAAUGAGCCAUGGAGUCAAUAUUAAAGCUUCGUCCUAUAUCAGAAAUAAACGAGAGCGCCUUCAAUACAGAAAAUUGCCCAACAAAAUCCUCAGAUGAACAAAUUGAUGUAGAACGACUAGUCUUGAAGAAAUACGGAGACUUACAGGCAAGAUUGAAAAUCAAUUCAAGCCUUCCUGAAUUGCUGAAAGAUCAACACAGGAGCUAUUUGUUUGACAACAUAAGCUACCUAUCCUCCAGAUAUGAGUGUUUGGAUGCAAGUCGACCAUGGCUGUGUUACUGGAUUCUCCACCCCCUGUCCCUUAUGGGGAUAACUUUGGACAACAGGAGAAAGGCCAGUAUCGCAAGGUUUUUAUCAAAGUGCCAGAAUCCGGACGGUGGCUUCGGCGGGGGCCCAGGACAGUUUUCCCACCUUGCAGCCACUUACGCUGCCGUUAACUCCCUAGUCAUUCUCGGGACAGAAGAGGCCCUGAACACAAUCAACAGAAAAACGUUGCAAGACUUCCUUUGGAGAGUGCGGCAGCCAGAUGGAUCUUUCGCCAUGCACGUGGGGGGCGAAGUGGACAUCAGAGGAGCGUAUUGCGCCCUGUCCGUGGCCAGUCUUGCGGGUGUGAUGACUCCGGAGUUGUUUGAUAGGACGGCGGAAUGGAUAGUCAGCUGUCAGACGUACGAAGGCGGGUUUUCCGGGUGCCCAGGCAUGGAGGCGCACGGAGGGUAUGCCUUUUGCGGGUUGGCUGCUCUGGUUAUAUUGAAUAAGGGCCACCUCAUCGAUGAACAAGCAUUACUGAGAUGGCUCGUGAACCGGCAGAUGAAGUUGGAAGGCGGUUUUCAAGGCAGGACUAAUAAAUUAGUAGAUGGUUGCUACUCCUUCUGGCAAGGGGGAGCUUUUCCUCUGCUGUACUCUUUACUCGACAAAGCCGGAAACAUGCCUUCCGACCAUCUCUUUAAUGAAUGUGCCCUACAAGAGUAUCUCCUGGUAUGUUGCCAAAAUCCAGAUGGUGGGUUGCUAGACAAACCAGGGAAACCUAGUGAUAUCUACCAUACGUGCUACACUUUGAGCGGGCUAUCAGUGGCUCAGCAUUUCAAAGGCAUUCGAGUGCUGAGCUCUCGGAAAAAUACAGUGAUGACGACGCAUUCUUUGUACAACAUAAGAACCGAUAUGGUCAGAAAGGCGUUGCUCCACUUCAACAACUUAGGUUUACCUGCAGAAAAGAACUCCACGUGACGACAGUUUUUUCUUAACAAAAUGAGUCAGUUCCAAUGCGGUGUGCUUCUGGGGCGCGUCUUUCAGAUUCUCACCCUCAGAGAUGUAUUUUGACGUAUUUUAUGAACCCGUUUUUAAAGGCAUUUCUAGAGAUAAGUCACAAUUAAUGUUUUAUUAUCGGAGUGCCGUUUUAUUCCAAGUACGUAGCUUCAAUGUGCCUCACUUUACUCAUAUUUGUAGCGGUUUACAAUAAAAUCUUUUAGUUGAUA